AUGAUCUACCUGCCCGAGAACAUUGGAGGCUGGAUACGGGGCUAUCCGAAAUCAUGGGGCCAAGAGAGGGCCAAGAUCCAGGUGGAGAGAAAUGCAAGCACCUUGGCCAUCAGCCCAGAUGAGAAGUUUAUUGCUGUUGGGGCGGCCAAGAAUAUUUACCUCUAUGAUGUGGCGACGCAGGAGCGGGUUGAGGUGUUGAAACGACAUACCAAGGAGGUGAGGGCGGUGCGGUUUGCUCCGAAGGUGAUGAAUCGUCAGGAUGUUGGUUAUGUGUUGGUCUCGGAAGGGGAGGGGGUGGAAGGGGCCGAGGAAAGCGAGGAAAGUAAGGAUAGUGAUGACUCGGGUAGCGGGGAUUCGAAGACGCUGUUCCAGUGGGAGCUGGGAUCGACGGGGAGAUUGGUAUUGAGAGAGAAACCGGUGGAUAUCGACGCCUUGACCACCAAAGCAUUGCAGCUUCUGGAAUCCGAGUUGACGGGCGAGCACGGCUGGAACCCGGCCGAAAAGGCCAUGGCCAUUAUCCACGAUGAUGUGAAAUUGGCUCUUCGCGAUGCCGUCCACCUGCACGAACGAGAUCAGUUUAGCAUCAAUGGCCGACUGGCCCCGUUCGGUAGUCCGACCUUCAGUGCGGACGGACAAACCCUGAUCUAUCUGGACCAGGAGGCGUCCUGCGUCAAUCUGUAUCAUCUGGAGAGCCAAUCCCUCCGCCACCAACUGCGCGGUCAUACCGACGCCAUCACGUGGGCUGGGAUGAGCCCCGACAACACGCGGGUGGCGUCGAUUGUAGUGGACGGCACGGCACAGAUCUGGGACGCCAGCUCAGGAGCCUGUCUCCAUGUCCUGGGCGCCGUGGGCGGCAAGCUCUGGUGCGGUGCCUUUUCCCCGGAUGGCAAAUACCUGGCGGUCAGCCAGGAGAAACCGGAGCUUUGCGUGCACGUCUACCACAUGGAGACGGGAAAGCCCAUCACCACCUGCACGGAGCUGCAGACGUCGAUCAACUCUUUGAUCUGGAGUCCGAACGGAAAGCUCCUGGCCGGCGAAGGUCCGACCAGCUGGCUUGCUCUCUGGGACCCAUUCACGGGAGUGGACCGAAUGCCUGCCUGUUUGAGAUCUCUUUACCCGGAUGUGAAACGGAUGCGGUUCGCCCAGGGGGGUCGAAAGCUGCUCGUUCAGUCCCGAGAAGGCACGGUUGUGGGGCAUGAUUUGGAGAUCGAUCUGAAGCUGCAGUUGAGGAGGGCGCGGGGGAGGAUCAUUGAGACUGGUCUUUGCUCGGAUAUGGUGGGUUUGGGGGAUUCGCGACUCCUGGUCGUGUUGGACCGGGAUGGAUUCUUGCGAUUGUGGGAUCUGUGA